AUGAGUUUUGUUGAUUUACCUGAAGAAAUUAUAAUUAUAAUAAUAAAACAUCUAGAUAUGAUGUCCUUAAACAAUUUAUAUACUGCAUGUGAUCGAGUACGAGAUAUAAUAUCGAUGUAUGGGAUCAUUAAAACCUGCAACAUGUCCCUUAAUAUAAUGGCUACUGUUCAAACUUUAAAAUUAGAUUUUUUUAAAAAUAUAUCAAAACAACUACAAGAAUUGAAUAUGAGUGGCAUCGUCGAUUUAAACAAAAACCUCUUACUACCUGCUAUGAGCAGAUUAAAAAAUUUAAAUGUUUUAAAUGUCUCAUACACAAAUAUUAAUGUAUUGGACAUUAUAGACAUAUAUGAGUUAUGUCCAACAAUAAAGAAUAUAAGUGUUAACUUUGUAUUUGGAAAAUCAGUGCAAAUAAGGUUAUUGAAGAAGCAAUUGCUGCAAUGUCAGGAUGUCUUUAAAAACUUUGAAUGUGUGCAUUUUGUUGGAAAUCUUACUAAUUUAAUAUAUUCUCAAUUGGGACCAUUCAUUUUACAAAAGGCCAGAUUAAAAACAUUAAAAUACUCCAUCACUGAAUGUGAAAUGACUCCAUAUGAAAAUGAAGAAUGUGAAGAUAUGAUUAACUUUGAUUAUUUUGCAGUGUAUUUAUUGUACAGUAGAAACUCUAAUGUUUAUUAUGGUUUUAUGCAGGAAAUGUAUUUAUUCAACAUGUUAGAUUUUUCAAAGUAUGAAGUUAUCAUUAUAGUGAGGCCUAAUCUUCAGCUCUUUGCAGUAUAUGCAUCUGUUCUAUUCACUGAUUUUCUCAAUGAUAAUUUUCAUGUAAGAACUGAAACGUUAACAGAUUUUUCAAUUUCUUUAUCGGGCAAUGUAUGUGUAAUGAUGUGGAAUAAAAGCUCCACAACAUUUGAUGACAAAUUCUUCACACAGUUGCUGAAUAAGUUGAAACAGCUAUUUCCAUGUAAUUUCACCACGGGAAAGAUGCCACUUGCUUCAAAAAAUGACUGGUAUUACACUACCCCAAAGGAACCAACUGUUCCGCAACAAUAUGAUAUAUAUGAUACAGGCUUCAAAAAAAAAAGACUUGCUCUUUCCAAUCUUGUUUUAAAUUAUGAUGAGGAGUUUGCAGAUAAAAAUGAGUUACAGUUAAGUUUACAAUUUGAUGGUCAAAUGAAGAGUGCUGUUACAUUAUCAGUUAAUAGUACAUAUUUAAGAAAAUUAACUUAUUUAAGCUUAAAUGGAACAGUGCGCUAUAGCACAGAAUUUUUUAAUAUUUUAUUUAGAUGCUGUGAAAAUCUAGUAACAUUAGUUGUUGAAGCACCCUCUCUUUGCUCAUGUCUUUCAUCAAUAUCUAGGUCCUUGCCAUUGAAUAGGAAUAUAAAGAACCUUAGGUUAGUGGACAGGAGAAUUGAUUUCAAAACAUUAUUUUCGUCUAUGAGUCAAUGUAAGACUUUAGAAAAUGUAAAUAUAUGUGAUAUGUCUUCAGAUACUUUUGAUUUGUCCGAUCCAUUGACCAUGUUCAAAAAAUGUGAUAAUUUGUAUUGUUUGUAUGUUUAUGGACCUGUCAGUACUACCAACAGAACCAAAAAAAUGCAAAUACUUAAAAAGGCAAAACAAAAGUGUCAAAAACUGCAUUUAAAUGUAAAUGUAUUUAUUAAUACUCAAAUGGCAUAUGAUCCUUACAUAGAUGUGUUUAAUUUAAAUCCAAUAAAACCAAUAUAA